GCGCCUCUUCACGUGGUGGUGGAGACACAACAGAGCGCGCGCCAAGGAGCUCCAGCUCAGCUCCAGAGCUGCAGCAGACGGACAGAAGCGGACACCUGCUCACACCUCAGCUCAGCGCACAGUUUACUCCCCGCUGCGAUACAGAGGAAGAAACCGAAGCCUCAUGGUCAAUUCAAGCGUUUCUUAAUGUGGCCCGGGAAUAGGGAGAACCUAAGCCCCUGUCAGGCUUCAUUCUUUCAACCGAUGCUGCAAGUUUUUACUGGAAGCAAGCAACAAGGCUGUAAAGAUGCAACACUUUCUCAACUCCCCCUCGACUGAAACUCUAAUCUCCACAAUGUUCGCUACAGAGUUCCUCUCUACCAGUUUAGAACCCACAGAACCGAUCACCACAGACAUCUCUGCCAGAACCUCUAGUAAUGUCAGCUCCUUACGCUGCACCUAUAAGGAGGAUUUUAAGCAGAUCUUACUGCCUACGGUGUACAUCGUUGUCUUUGUGCUUGGCGUUCCUCUCAACGCUGUGGUCAUACUAAAGAUAUGGAGGACCAGGCCCCACAUCUCCCGGAACAACGUCUAUAUGCUCAACUUGGCCAUAGCUGACUUCCUGUAUGUGCUGUCUCUUCCUUUGCUCAUCUACAACUACGCAAGCCAUGACUACUGGCCCUUUGGGGAGUUUGCCUGUAAAAUGGUCCGGUUUCAGUUUUACAGUAAUCUACACGGCAGCAUCCUCUUCCUCACCUGCAUCAGUGUGCAUCGCUACAUUGGAAUCUGCCACCCCUUUGCUGUGUGGCACAAACAAGGUGGCCGCAAGAUGGCGUGGCUCAUCUGUGCAGCCGUAUGGGUGGUGGUCGCCAUCCUUUGUGCGCCGACUUUUAACUUUGCCGCAACAGGAAUCCAGCGCAACCGCACAGUAUGCUAUGAUCUGAGCACUCCAAAGCGCUCGUUGGAUUACUAUCCUUACGGCAUGGUUCUCACGUUCAUCGGCUUCUUGCUGCCCUUCCUGGGUGUGAUGGUCUGCUACUGUCGGAUGGCCCACGUCUUGUGCCGUCCUGCUUCCUACCAAGGGGUCUCUGUGGCCACAGGGGAGAAACGGGACAGGGCUGUUAGGAUGAUCCUGGUGGUGGCAGCUGUGUUCUGCAUCAGCUUCCUUCCCUUCCAUCUUACUAAAACCAUGUACCUGGUGGUGCGAACAUUACCUGACGCCCCUUGUAAGAUGAGGAACCUCUUUGCAAUCGUCUAUAAGAGCACAAGGCCAUUUGCCAGCAUGAACAGUUUCCUGGACCCCAUCUUGUUUUAUUUCACCCAACCACGUUACCGCAGGAGCACCAGGAAGUUUAUGCUCAGAGUGACCACCCUUAGGGAGAAGGGAACCGCCUCGUGAGCAGGUCCCACAUGGUUUACGUCUCCCAUGAGGUGUCGUCCUUACAACCAUUAUGUGAGGAAGUCAUUAGAGAUGCAACCUAAAGACCAGAUGGCAGUGAAAUGAAAGGUUGACAUAAACGAGUCAAAGCUGACCAAUUACCAACAGAUUCAGGGUGUGCUCCUGAUUUAUAGAUGAAGAGACUGAUCAUCGGGAAGGAUCGCAUCAUUAAUGGUUGGUUUUCUACAUGUGAAAUGUUCUCACGUACCACUAUGUGAAUUUAAAGGAGAAUUCAAUAAGUUAACCCCAAGGACCUGCCAGGGAUUUUUCCAUCAAGCAAAUGGCGCAAUGGAGGGGAAAUGGUAGAGGUUGUGUAAUUUGUGAUCAAAACUGACUCAAAAUAUGAUCUAGUGGUUAUUUUGUUA